UCUCUCUCGAGCUCUUCAUCUUCGUUCCUCCUCCUCCUUCUUCUCCUAGUGACCCACUCUGUUAUUACGCGUGUAUAUGUACACUGAUGAACUGACUGUGCUGAUCCCCGCGUGAACGACGCGAGGAAAAAACGAUGGAAGUGACGAACUCGAACUUUCAGGAGGUGCUGUGCGAGCUGGAGAGUGUCUUGAAGAAUGCCACUUUCCUCAGUAUCGACGGCGAAUUCACCGGUCUUAACUCUGGUCCGGAAGCAGGCCCCUUUGACACGCCGGCCCAGUAUUAUGGCAAGCUACGAGCAGGAUCAAUGGAUUUUCUCCUUGUACAGUUUGGUCUGUCCGUCUUCACAUAUGAUUCGGAAACCAACAAAUAUUCUCAGCGUUCUUAUAAUUUCUAUGUGUUUCCCAAACCGAUGAAUCGCCAGGCGCCAGACAGCAGGUUUAUGUGUCAGGCGUCGUCUAUAGUGUUUUUGGCAAAUCAAGACUUUGACUUCAACAAACUGUUCAAGCAUGGUAUACCGUAUCUCUGCGCGAGCGAUGAGGAGAAGCUUGUCAAGCGUAUGGAGGAGAAACAGAAACUUAAAGAGGAGAACAACCAAGACAUAAUUCCAAUAUCGGAUAACGACAGGCCUCAAAUAGAAGAAAUAUGUUCUAGAAUAGAGAAUUUUCUUGCCUCAGAUGCAAAAGAGUUGACGAUAGACAGAUGUAACGGUUUUAUGAGAAGAUUGGUAUAUCAAGAGGCACGAGCCAGAUGGCCCAACAAAGUGAGAAUUGAAACUAAAAUUGAGAAUACCUGGCAGUGUCUUUUGGUGCAGAGAGCAGGUACCAAGGAGGAAGAGGAGGGAAAAGACAAUGAGAAACGUGAAAAGGAAAAAUUGGAGGUUAAGCAGGCUGUAGGACUCAGCAGCUUGUUGAAGAAGAUAGUAGAAUCUGAAAAGAUAAUAGUAGGACAUAAUAUGUUGUUAGAUCUGUGUCAUAUCAUACAUCAGUUUUUUACACCUUUACCAAGUGAUUAUUCAGAAUUCAAGAGUUUGAUUCAUGGCUUGUUUCCUAAUUUAUUGGAUACAAAAGUCAUUUGUCAAUCGCAUCAAUUUAAAGAGCUUGUGUCAUCGUCGAAUUUGAACUUCUUAUUGGAAACUUUGAGCAAACCUCCUUUCUCGAUUCCCGAAAUCGAAUCUGUGGAAGGACGCAGUUAUUCUGUAUCAACAGAAAAAUCACAUGAAGCAGGAUAUGAUGCGUACAUCACUGGAUUAUGCUUUAUUGCAAUGUCCAAUUAUCUUGGCUCUGAAAAUGCCACAGUUUUAGCAAACUCACCGUUGCUCAAUUCUUUUCUCAACAAAUUACCUAUAGCAAGACUGAAGGAUUUUCCAUACAUAAAUUUGGUAGGAAAGGAUCCAAAUCCUAGCAGAGAACACGUAUUUCACUUAACAUUCCCCAAAGAGUGGAAACACUCGGAUAUAAGUCAACUCUUUAGUCCAUUUGGAGGCGGAUUCAUUUCGUGGUUAUCCGAUACAUCCGCGUACGUAGGUUUGUAUCGUCGCGAUCAGGCAAACGCCGUAAUGACGAACUUGUCCAAAGGGAAAUUUUAUAAUAUACAGAAAUAUGCAAAUCAUCAAGCUACCUUGCAGGCCAACGUCUCGUCUGAAGAACGCAAACGGAAGUUGUCAUCGUCACAGAACGUGGAUGUGAAGGAUGACGAGAAGUCGACGGCCAGGAACGGCGUGAAGGCACCGAAGGACAACGACGACUGGCAAGUUGCCACGGGUAAGAAGCGCAAGAAACGCAAGGAGCAACAAGCGACUACCGUCGCCGAAGACAAGAAAGCUUUCGAGGAAAACGACGCUUGGGAGUAACUGCGGUGUUCCGGGGAAACGUCACGUCGAGCGGCACGAAAUGAUAUGCAGCGAGAUGCAUACGAAAAAAAAUGCAGUACCUAAAGAUACUGAAUGAAAAAAAAAAAUACUUUAAUUUCAUUGACCUUCACUUCUAACCAUUAGACGAAUGUCAGCAUCGUAUGUAACAAAGAAAUAUAUAUUUAAAAGUAUGUUUACACCUUUAA